AUGCUUCACAGUACUCAAGCCAGACCUAGUGCUGGUAGUGUGCAGGAGUGCACCGUCUGCCUUCUAUACAAGCUUCACAGUACUCAAGCCAGACCUAGUGCUGGUAGUGUGCAGAAGUGCACCGUCUGCCUUCUAUACAAGCUUCACAGUACUCAAGCCAGACCUAGUGCUGGUAGUGUGCAGAAGUGCACCGUCUGCCUUCUAUACAAGCUUCACAGUACUCAAGCCAGACCUAGUGCUGGUAGUGUGCAGGAGUGCACCGUCUGCCUUCUAUACAAGCUUCACAGUACUCAAGCCAGACCUAGUGCUGGUAGUGUGCAGAAGUGCACCGUCUGCCUUCUAUACAAGCUUCACAGUACUCAAGCCAGACCUAGUGCUGGUAGUGUGCAGAAGUGCACCGUCUGCCUUCUAUACAAGCUUCACAGUACUCAAGCCAGACCUAGUGCUGGUAGUGUGCAGAAGUGCACCGUCUGCCUUCUAUACAAGCUUCACAGUACUCAAGCCAGACCUAGUGCUGGUAGUGUGCAGGAGUGCACCGUCUGCCUUCUAUACAAGCUUCACAGUACUCAAGCCAGACCUAGUGCUGGUAGUGUGCAGAAGUGCACCGUCUGCCUUCUAUACAAGCUUCACAGUACUCAAGCCAGACCUAGUGCUGGUAGUGUGCAGAAGUGCAUCGUCUGCCUUCUAUACAAGCUUCACAGUACUCAAGCCAGACCUAGUGCUGGUAGUGUGCAGAAGUGCAUCAUCUGCCUUCUAUACAAGCUUCACAGUACUCAAGCCAGACCUAGUGCUGGUAGUGUGCAGAAGUGCACCGUCUGCCUUCUAUACAAGCUUCACAGUACUCAAGCCAGACCUAGUGCUGGUAGUGUGCAGAACUGCAUCGUCUGCCUUCUAUACAAGCUUCACAGGAACAGGUUUGAGUUUAGUGAAAAAUAUACAGCGCUAAUUUGAUUUGGAUUAAAUUUUUGAGAGACAUGUAUUUUGUAGACUUCUAUAUUUCGUGACAUUUAGAAUUUAAUCAUUACGUAGCUUUAUGAAUAAUUCAGAGCCAUAUACACAAAAUGUUUCAUGUGAAAUUUGUCUAUAAGAGCUGUAUAUACAAAACAUGAUCCAUUCCAUACCUUCUUUCUCUGUGUAUGUCUAAUCUAAAUGGCAGCUAAUGGAACUUUCUGUAUUUGCUUUAUCAGUGACAAGUGAAUGUCUGUUGUAGGCACUGUCAACUUAGGUUGACUGAAUGAACUAAACUGCAAAUUCAAAAUUCACAAACUAGAAAAUGGUUUCAAGUAAAUGGAAGCAUUUACCUAUUCAAUUAUGUGAGAUUUCAUUGGGCAAAAUGUAAAAUUAAAAAGGGUUCAAGUAGAUUGUGUUCUAUUAUUGUGCUUGAAUUGGGUCGCAACUGCCAGGUUGGUGUCAGACAUCCUGUGUGGUUUCAAAGACAGCUGUGAAGACUGGUGAUGGACACCUCUGGAACUUGAGUGAAAUAUACAUUGGUUGCUUUUCCUGAAAAUCAAAGGACUUCAUCUGUUUAUUUGGGGCAUAAUAAGCUAUUUUGCCUUCUGUUUAAGAAACAUUGUUCUUUUACUGAUACUCCUGACCAUUACUCCUCAAGAAUAAUUGUUUUAGGAUAUUCACAUGGAAUCUUGGAACAGUAUUGUGUUGAUGAUUAUUCGAAUGAUUUGUUGUUGUUCUUUCAAGAUUCAGUCCACUUCCAACAGUUGAGAACAUUUUCUGAAACCAUGAGUCCAACCUCACUGAAACAUGUGUAUUAUGUCAACAAGUUCUCAGUGUUCCAGGAAUGGAAUUGCCUGUGGCUAAGAACACAGGGCUUAUGUAGACCUACUCCGAUUGGAAGCAGUUAAAAGUACAAAUUCACAAAAUGGAAAUUCUGUUUGCUUACAUUUGGACAGGUGUUCACCAGAUUUAUAGAUAUGUAAUUGUUGUGUCCUAUGUUGUGGCACUCAGUGGGGCAGUAGGACAGGUGUUCACCAGAUUGACAGACUGAGUGUGUCCUAUGUUGUGGUGCGCGGUGCUACAGUAGGACAGGUGUUCACCAGAUUGAUAGAAAUGUUGACUGGUAUGUCAGUGGUGACAUUUAUAUUCUUAGUGAAACUACCUGGAAGUUUUCUAUGUUACAAUUUCUUCAUUAUGGAAUAAAAUAAUGUUACCCAA